AUGUUCUAUUUUUUCUUUGAAUCAAGAAAUGGUGCUAAGGAUGCACCAGUUGUGAUAUGGUUGACUGGAGGUCCAGGUUGUGCAAGUGAAUUAGCUUUGUUUUAUGAGAAUGGACCUUUCAAAAUUAACAAUGAUUUGUCUCUUUCAUGGAAUGAAUAUGGUUGGGACAAGGGAUCAAAUAUUAUUUUUGUUGAUCAACCCAUUGGGACAGGUUUCAGCUACAGUUCUGAUGAAAAUGAUAUUCCUACGGAUGAAGCUGGUGUUAGCAAUGAUUUGUACACUUUCUUGCACGCAUUUUUCAAGGAACACCCUCAAUUCGUUAAGAAUGAGUUUUAUAUUACCGGAGAAUCAUAUGCUGGACAUUAUAUUCCAGCUCUCGCAUCCCGGGUUCACAAAGGAAACAAAAACAAAGAAGGAAUUAUUAUAAACUUCAAGGGUUUAGCUAUUGGUAAUGGAUUGACCAACCCAAGAAUUCAAUAUCAAGCAUACACUCAAUUUGCACUUGAUAACAAAUUGAUUACAAAGGAAGAUAAAGCUGAUAUCGACAAAUUGGUCCCAUCUUGUCUGGAUGCCACAAAAACUUGCGAGAAUGAAGGUGGAGAUAGUUGCAAUAUAGCCGCAGAUGAAUGUGAACAGAUAUUUUCCAGCAUUCUUUCCGUUGCAGGCAAUGUUAAUUACUAUGACAUCAGAAAGAAAUGCGAGGGAUCGUUGUGUUAUGAUUUCUCAAAUGUGGAGACACUUUUAAAUAAGAAGACAGUUAGGGAUGCUUUAGGCGUUGGGGACAUAGAGUUUGUUUCAUGCAGCAAUGAAGUGCAUAGAGCUUUGAAUCAAGAUUUGAUGAAAAACUAUGAAGGGGAUAUUCCACCACUUCUUGAGGAUGGAAUCAAGGUUCUUAUAUAUGUUGGAGAAUUUGAUCUUAUUUGCAAUUGGCUUGGUGAGUGAUAUAUCAUAUAAUUAU